CACACGCACCAGGCGAGCUCGAUUGGCUGAGCAUGGCCCAGGAGGAGGGAGGCAGCCUGCCUGAGGUGCGGGCGCGAGUCGGGACCGCGCAUGGCAUCCCCGACCUGGCCCAAAAGCUCCAUUUCUAUGACCGCUGGGCUCCGGACUACGACCAGGAUGUGGCCGCCCUGCAGUACCGUGCGCCCCACCUCGCAGUGGACUGCCUCACACAAGCCCUUCCAGGCCUGCCCCACAGUGCCCUGAUCCUGGACGUGGCCUGUGGCACAGGCCUAGUGGCUGCCGAGCUGCGGGCUCGAGGCUUCCACCAGCUGCACGGGGUGGAUGGGAGCCCAGGGAUGCUGGAACAGGCCCGGGCCCCCGGCCUCUAUCAGCAUCUCAGCCUCUGCACCCUGGGCCAGGAGCCUCUGCCCAGCCCAGAAGGGACCUUCGAUGCGGUGCUGAUAGUCGGUGCUCUCAGUGAUGGCCAGGUGCCCUGCAAUGCGAUACCUGAGCUCCUACGUGUCACCAAGCCAGGUGGGCUGGUGUGUCUGACCACCAGGACCAACUCUUCCAACCUUCAAUACAAGGAGGCUCUGGAGGCCACCCUGGACAGGCUGGAGCAGGCGGGGGCGUGGGAGCGCCUGGUGGCCUGGCCUGUGGACCACUGGGAGCUGGCUACCUCCGAGCUGGAGGGGGUACCCGGCAUCUCUGCCAAGGAUGGCUUCAUCUCCGGCAUUGUCUACCUGUACCGAAAACGGAAGGUGACCCAGGUUGAGGAAGUGAGAUCCAGCCCCCAGCCCCCAGCUGGCCCCUGACUCCAUGUGGCCUUAGCUGGGCCCAUCUCCUGGGCCUCCUCUGCCUCCCCUGUAAAAUGGGACUUUCGAACCAACCCUGCCCCUCAGAAAUGCCCUGCCUAUUAAAUGAGCUCCCAGAA